GCUGCCGGACCGGGCCGGUCGGUUCCAACGACCUCCCCGAAAAGAGCAAAGCGAUAAACGCGACGGCACGCCCGGCCCGGCGCGGCCCCACCGAGCUGAGUCAGCACGCAUCCUUUCCUAGAUCACUCCACCACACUCCUCCCACCCGCUAACUGCUCACUCGCUCACAAGUCGCUCGCGACCUCACCGAGACGAGUGCGGCGGGCGGCAUGGCGGAGCGGAGGCGGAAGCGCGCGGCGGAGGAGGGGGAGAUGCGGAAGAGGCGGAAGCGCGCGGCGGAGGAGGGGGAGAUGCGGAAGAGGCGGCGGAGGAGGGAAGGGGAGGGGAGGAGCGACCCGGUGGAGUUGCUCGGGGAGGAGGUGAUGGGGCGGGUGAUGGAGCUCCUGGACGCGCGCAGCGCGGCACGAUGCACCGCGGUCUCCCGCGCAUGGCGCGGGGUCGCCGACGACGACCGUAUCUGGGCACCCAAGUGUGCUGAACUGAUGGCGGGAAAGGCACAUAUUCCUCGUUUAACAUUGAUACGCACUGCAUCGAAGUUGUCUACUUAUUCAAUGGCCAUGAUGGAUGGCAAACGGAGUCGGAUCACAAAAGAAGAUCUCUGCGAUCAUUCAUGGGAAUAUCAUUUCACUAUAGCAGCACCAGAAUACUGGAGGAACCUUGAUCCAGCAUGGAAGCACACUGGCCCUCCUAUGCGACGGUACUUCCACCCUGAUGGUUACCACAGUGCAGACCCUCAUGAUGCCGUGUGGGGUGGCCAUGAGUGCGCAUACACGGUCAUAACAAGCUUUGUCGGUGAUGGCCAAAUCAGGGAACAUUAUGUGAGGAUCAACCGAUGGCCACCAAUGAAGGUGUCAAGGAAGGACGACUGGAGCUGGGAGCUGUCGAACCACCUGUACUGCUACAACAGUGUCCCUGAUGCUGGCAAGAGAGGAUGCACAGGUCCUCUGUUCCCAGUUUGGUGACUGCACUUCUACGGGAGUAAAUCAGCGCUCACGCUUCACGGUGUCUGCAAUCUCCUGCUAGUUGAAAUUUAGCCAGCAUGCAGUUCGCUCCAGCAAGAUGUUGUGUUCGGCAGUUGAACUAUAUAUGAACGACAACGGAGGUUAAGCUUAGGUGUGUGAGUCUGUAAUAUGGAAGCGCCAGAACUAUAAGUACUGUACGUGUGUGAUAUGGUGGUUCCGCGAGUCUGGUGAUGAUAAGCCCUUCGUAGUAGCUUGGUAUUUUGAUGAACUUGGGCGUCUGUAAAAUAGCCUGAACCUUUACGUUCGUGUGGUGUGUAUGUCCUUUUAUGAUGUAGCACAUGUAAUAGUAAUGCAAUACCGUGCUUGGGCUGCUUA